AUGAAUAUAACCUAUGAUCAAGAAACGGAGAUGUUUAUUUGUGGAGGAACUGGUGUUGAGUUUACAUCAACCAUUUCUGCCAAUCAACCUCUCACAAAGACAUCACUUUGGGACCUCUACUUUGCAUCAUCGGGAACACAAUCCAAUAGAACAUCAACUCCUGUAACGCAACAACAACAAACACCAACCACUAACGAAUUUAAUACUACAACAACUUCAACAACCACUAACUAUUCAACAACAAGUAAUUCAUCCCCUGUCGUGAGUGAUCAGACCACAUCCUCGUCACCAAGCAGUCCGAAUACAAGCAAAAUAUCUAAGCCCAGUCGUUUGGAAAGUCCAAAAGUUUCACCACCACCACCACUACCAGGUAGCAAUGCAUUGCAAACAAACAAAUCUCACCCAUUCUCACAAGCCUCUAGAAAUAUCGUUUUUGUACCAACACCAUUUAGUGAAGGUGUUGUAUUUCAUAAUUAUAAGGAAAUAUUUCUUUGUGGACAUAUUCUGAAAGAGGCCGUUCAGACGCUUCACAAAAUUCCUGUAUAUUCUGAAACUGAUAACUCCAUAAGCCAACUUGUAGCUUGUAGACAUUCCUUGUUUGUGCUUCUUUCUAAUGGUAAAUUAUAUGCAGUGAGAGGGAAUGAAAUGGUGCUUUACUUUGCCAAUGACAAGCGAAAUCAACAAAGCUCAGAAACCGCAACAAAAAGCCUUCUCAAAGAGCUCUACUUUGAAAAGACCAUUAAGUGGGUUUCAAAUGGAGGUGGCAAACACUUUUUCCUUCUCACCACCGACAAUGAAUUGUAUGCUGUAGGAGAUGACACUUUUGGACAAAUUGGAUGUACUCAAAUUGGUUUAGGGAAUGCCUCAAUCAAGACGGGUAAUCUCAAUGCACCAAUCAAUUCAAAAUCUCCUGGGUUUGAAGACAGAAAAGAAAGUAGGGCUACCAAUUUGGAAGAAUAUGAAUCUACCACAUUCUAUCCAAAAUUUGUCAAGGUUCCCAUUGACAAAGCUGUAUCCAUUCAAGAUUAUGAAAUUGAAAAGGUAGAAUGUGGCUUGAAUCAUACAUUUGUUCUAUUGAAGCAUAUUAAUACUUGUAAAAAGCUGCUGUUGUCGACUGGAUGCUCCUAUUACGGCCAAACCGCUGUCGGAUCCACAAGAAAUAGAAACAGAUUAACGCCUGUUGAAUUUGACCAUUGUGACGACAUUAUUGACAUUAAGUGCAACAAUAAUGGGUCCUUCAUAAUGACUCACAAAGCACUCUAUUAUGCUGGAAUUAAUGAUCAGAACAUUCUCUCGAUGAAUAAGGCUUACUGUUCUGUGUUUUCUGAGGUACCUCUGAUGACGCACCUUGCUUCUAAUGACCAAUUCUCAAUGAUAGAUUGUGGAUAUAAUCAUUGCAUAGUAGUAACAAAGAGGAACCGAAUAUUUGGUUUUGGUCGUUCAUCCUCAAAUCAAUUUGGAAUAGGCCUCAAUAACUACAUAUGUCAAGAAAUUGAAUGCAAAGAUUUGUUCGACAAGGAAAUUGUGGGAAUUUGUUGCGGGCAUUCUCACACGAUUCUAUUCACUCAACCUCUACGCUCAAUCGUAGAGGAUGAUGAGCAAUUAGUAGACGAUUUGAUCAAGUUGAGAUCUUCAAAUCAUUUAUGGGAUGUUCAAGUGUUCACAGCUGCCAAAGAUUAUUCCGUUAAAAUUCCACAUUACUUUCUUGCAAAGCGAAGACCUGAAUUACUGCACUAUGAUAAGUCAAAAGCUCCAAAAUCUCGUGAGAGCCUUAAUUGUCUAGUAGAUUGGAUCUACUUUAAUAACUUUUCUAGCGUUACCACCAAUAUUGAAACUCUCAUUGAUUUAUUAGAAUGGAUGACAACAAAUAAUGUCAUCGAUGAAUACCUUUCCACCAUGGUACUAAAUGAAGCGAUCAUUCAGACCAACGAAGAAAAUGUUUAUGAUACCAUCCAAUACAUAUUGAACAACAAAUAUCCAAAGGAUGAAUUUCCACUUUAUUCCUAUUGGCAUCACGCUCUCAGCUUCUGCAAACAAUUUAUUGUAGAGAACACGUUUAACAAAAUCAAAAACAGCAGCUAUUUGAAACAGAACAUUUUGGUUGAAAUUGCAAAACUUUCCAAUCCUACUCUGUUGAAGACAAAAUCUCUUGGGGAGCUUGACCCUCCAUCUACCAUUCCUGAAAUUGUUGCCGAGCUUUUCGAUGACGAGGAAAGCAGUGAUUUACAAGUGGUACUCGAUCGCUCAAGAGGUUUUAUCAUUUACUGCCACAAGUCAAUUUUAGAAUGUAGAUGUAGCUUCUUUAGCAUGAAGAAGUAUGGAUUUCAAGCAGCCACCAUCAAAGAAAUGGACUUCUCUCAAGUGUUUUCAGGAUGGAAGUCUCCAGAAGAAAUCACAUAUGAUGAUUUUCUUCUAUGUAGGUCUCUCAUCCAUUUCUUUUACACGGGAAAAAUUUGCAUUACCACCAAGAACGCCCUUAGUCUGAUGUUGAUAUGGGAAGCAAUGAAGAUGCCAGAACAGGCAAAGCUGUUUGAAGUUUGUAUGGAUUUUGUUGCAAGAGGUCUUUCUGUGGACAAUAUUAUGGAAGUUAUUGCUGCUGUCAUUAACAGACCCAACUACAAUACCUUUUCCAAUCAGCAAGGCCAUGAUUUUGGCUCAUUCACUCAUUUCUUCUCCAAACCUCAAGAAGUCUCCAUUCGAUACGACUAUACUUACCUUCAAAAAGAAUGCUUGAACUUUUGUGCCAACAAAUGGAAAGAUAUUCUGUUGAGAUACCGAAAUCAAAUAUUGAAAUACCUCACAAAGGAGCAGUUAUUGGAAAUUACAUGCCUGCAAAAUAGAGUGUCCUUUCCUGGUACUUCUCUUUAUCAUCACUCGGCUCUUCCUUCUGUGCUGGCCAUUUCGGUAGUACAACAACAUUCUCUCCAACAAGAACAAUUUCUUCUCAAUGAGUACAUAAAUAACAACACACAAAAGCGGUUCGGUCCUAAACAUCUCUACAUUAGAGGUAAACUUCACUAUCAAAAGAAGCUUCAACAAGAGAAGAAAGUAUCUAAACUUUCUGAAAAGGCCCAAGCAGCCUAUCGCUCAACUGUUGAACGUAGUCAAAAUUUUGCAUGGAAGCCAACCACUGCAACCGAAGAAUUGUACCAGAAGAAUAUUCUUGAAUUGAAGAAUACCAAAAAGAGAGUUUCUGCCAAACAAUUCAUUGAAAUGCUUUCCACAGUACAAAGCGCUUCUGAUUUCAAUUAUACAAUGCGUUAUUGGAGAACCUUGUGUUUGAGAAGGAUAAAGUUUACUCCAGCAAGCACUCAUGCCAUUCUUGAAGCCAUGGAAAAGUAUGACGAAAACCAUCCACAAACAUCCAUCGAACUAAUUAAGAACUCUGGCCCAACUAAACUUGGCCAACCUCUUGACAAGAAAACGCUUCUUGAGUUUAUUUCCAAGCUGGUAAAUGAUCAUAAUGAUGUUGAGAAUGCCCUCAUGCUGUUUAAUGAACUCAAGCUUGGCCAUUUAAAUUUGACAGCUAGUUCCGAGGAUUUUGAGUUCAUCUUUGAGCUCAUCAAGGAUAAAGAUGUUUCAAAGGAGAAAAUUAUUGAAUUAUUCGACAAACAACCAAUAGGAGAAGGAAUUUCAUGUUCACCUUCUGUGUUGACGAGUGUGUACGGAGCUUUUAACGAAGUUGGGGAUAGCUUGGAUGUUGCAAUUAAGAGAAGAGUGAUUAGAUACUUGCGGGAUCAAUCUCUCGGAAAAGAUGACAGUAUUUAUGAAGACACAAAACAAAAGCUUUCUGACCUUGUUAAUGCCAGCACUACUACUGCUGAGGGAGCAAAAGAAGAGUAA